AUGCUCUCACUUCUUUCUCUCAUCAUAGCGUCUGGAACACAAUGGGAGCCAACCUCAUAUCCCGAUCCUCGGACCAACGCAUCCCAGUGCAAUACCGUAGAGGAUUCCACGUUAUGCGAUCCGGAUCGAAUUCUUACUGAUACUUGGCGUCAGACAAUCAACGACAACAUCAUGAAGCAGACAGCACGGCUUCAGAACGUUGAUGUCCAAUACACUGCAGAAGCCUCAGGGAAUUGUUGUGGGAACAAUGUGACUGAUGUGCGAAUAUUUGUGAUUUUGGCAAGAAGAAUCAACACAACGUCUAAUCAAAAUAUCACCAGCAAAGAUUUGACCACUUUCGGCCAUGGCCUACGUGAAGCAUACGGACUUGAUGCUCAACCUUGUAAAAAUUAUAUCCUGAUUCUUGGCGUUGAACUGGCAAAGGAACUUUACGUUUGGACAGGCUCUGACCUGGCCUUCCCGAAGGAACGUAUGGAUACGUCGUUGAGCCAGUACAAAAACAUGUUCCUGGAAAGGAACUACAUGGAAGGGUUAAACAAAAUCGUCGAGGAAAUCGGCAAUAUCCUUGUCGAUCCUUUCAAGGUGUCUGCCUUUUAUUCGCUGGGUGUUUCGCUACUUUUAUUUCAUUUUUCCGUCCCUCCUUGGAUUUAUGUUAUCAUGAUAACGUCAACCACUGUCGCCGUCGUUUCUCUUUUGAUUUUAUUUGCUGUACUGUGGAAAAAAUACGAAAUUCGUGACAUACUGCGUGAUAUAUAUCCAAACAAUAAUCAGGAGAAGCCAACAUACUUGUAA